UGUGGAUUGUCCACUUGGAGUGAAUGCCACCUUACCAAUGUCCUCAAGUCAGGUAGCAGUGUCCUGGACACCACCUUCUGUAGCAGGUGGCAAUGGACAGACAUCACUGACAUCUGACGCCCAACCAAAUGAUCCCUUCCGCUAUGGUGAAACUCGCGUCACGUACACGGCUAUAGAUUCGGAUAGUUUCACAUCAAGUUGUUCUUUCAUAGUAGAUGUAACAGAUGCCACUGACCCGAUGAUAAGUGGAUGUCCACCUCAGGUUACUGGAGAGAUUCCGCAAGGGAGUAUCAAUGUGUCUAUCCCUUGGGUGCCCCCAACGGCAGCAGACAACUCUGGAUCAGUGACGUUGACGUCUACAAGAUUUCCGAACGACGUGUUCUCUGUAGGGACGUUUGAAGUAAUUUACACUGCAACUGACGAAGCAGGGAAUUCUGCUGACUGUAUAUUCCAGGUUGUUGUCACCCAAGCACCAGGCGGCACACCUACUUCGAUGUUCACCAGUUGUCCGUCUAAUGUGACCGGAACAUUACCAUCAACCUCACCUCAGGUGACAGUCGCCUGGGAUGUUCCCAUGGUCAAUGGCACGGCAGCGGUCAGUUCUGACCAUCAGUCAGGGGACAUGUUUGGGUUUGGCCAAACAACAGUCACCUACGAGGCUCGAGACUCGGGUGUACUCGUGGAUACAUGUUCCUUUGUAGUUCAAAUCACAGACAUGGUCCCACCGACAAUCACGGGGUGUCCUGACAGCGCCAUCGGGGUGGUUCCUCAAGGCAGUACCAAUAUAAGUGUCUACUGGAUUCCACCCAAGACCGAAGAUAACUCUGGACUGGUAAGCUUGUCAUCGGACAGGGAUCCUGGCGAUAUCUUUCCCGUCGGGUCGUUUCCUGUGGUAUAUACCUCCAGAGAUAUGGCCGGCAACUCUGUUUCCUCGUGCCGUUUCCUUGUAAACGUGACUAUGUCGACAGGGGAAAUCAAUGCAGGACCUUUACUGAUGAACUGCCCAUCUGAUAUGAGCAUAAACUUGCCAGUCACUUCGUCUGAGGUAGCCGUGUCUUGGACUCCACCUACUGCAGACGAUGACGCGAGCACCCCAAUUGUGACGUCGGAUAUACAGCCAGGCAGUAUGUUCGGAUAUGGCUCGACUCUGGUGACGUACACUGCUAUAGACUCCCAGGGAGUUGAAGAUACCUGUUCCUUUACUGUCCAAGUGCGGGAUCAGACCACCCCUUUCAUCAUGGAUUGCCCUUCAAGUGCUAAUGGGGUUCUUCCAAAGGUAAGCUCUUCCGAUGUUCCAGUAUUCUGGACACCGCCGACUCACACAGACAAUUCUGGAAUGUCAACUUUGAGGUCGACUCAUAUACCAGGCUCGUCUUUUCGCGAAGGCACCACCGAGGUUCUCUACACAGCUGUAGACGUUGCCGGUAAUUCAGACGAGUGUCGAUUUACUGUCACCGUGACGUCACCAGGAGUCGUAAAUCCACCUCCGGUUAUCUUGAAUUGCCCUUCGCGUAGACUUGGCGUGUUAUCAGAUUCAAGCAGUGUGGCUGUAUCCUGGACCGAGCCGACUGCUACGGACGACACAGGAACGCCAACACUGACUUCAAACUUAAGUCCUGGUAGUGACUUCCGGUUUGGCAUCGCGACAGUAACCUACACAGCAGAGGAUGACGGAGGAGCUAUAGCUACUUGCUCAUUUAAUGUUCAAGUUAAAGACGUGACAGCUCCAGCCAUCACAGGUUGUCCGGCCAGUGCGUCAGCGACUCUGCUCCUUGGAUCCACCUCUGUCAGUGUGACAUGGACCCCACCAACUCAGACGGACAACUCGGGUGUUUCCUCUUUAACUUCCACGCACGAACCAGGCUCCAUGUUUUCUGCUGGUGAUACCGAAGUCACCUACACUGCGAUUGAUGCUGCAGGAAACACGAAUCAGUGUUCACUUGUCGUUACAGUCAUUUUGCUCUCAGGCAAGUAA